CCCAUCUCUUGGCUGAGCUGAGGGUCUCCAACGUGUGAUCAUCAACAAAAACUGCGAUCCUGAUCCUUUUUUUUUUCCAAAAAAAAGAGAGAGAGAGAGAAAGAAAGAGAGAGAGGGAGAAAGAGAGAUAAAAUUGUUACUUCAAGAAGGCAUAAAUAACAAACUCAGAGAGAGAAAAAAAAACAAAACAAAAGGGAGACAUCCUGAGCUCUGCACAGCUGCCUGUGUGUCUCUGUGAGCCUCUUUUUUAAAUCAUAACACCAGCAGCAUCAGGCUCAGACAGCAAAAAGAAGAAGUAGAAAUAAAUCCAAGUAUUUUUUCCUACCAAACAACAUGUCACCUGAAGUGGAAGAGAACAGUCAGGGUGAUGUCAGUCUGUCCCAGCUUGAGGCCGGGGCCCUGUCUGAGGAGGAGAGCGGAGGGUCAGCUCGCCCUCUGGUGCCUGUGCCUGGAGGGGGCCCGGGGUGUGGUGAGGGUGGAGGAGCUGGCCCGCCGCAGUCCCAGGACGGGGCUGCAGCCGGGACUGGAAAUGGGGUCGCAGUACCAGUGGUGGAGAGAGAGACCUGGACCAGACAGAUGGACUUCAUCAUGUCCUGUGUGGGCUUUGCCGUCGGCUUGGGCAACGUGUGGCGUUUCCCUUAUCUCUGCUACAAGAACGGAGGAGGUGUUUUCCUGAUCCCCUACUUGUUGAUCGUGUUCAUCGGGGGAAUCCCAGUCUUCUUCCUGGAGAUUGCACUGGGACAGUUUAUGAAGCAAGGAGGUGUUUCUGCCUGGAACAUCGCGCCCCUCUUCAAAGGUCUGGGCUUGGCCUCAAUGGUGAUCGUAUUCUUCUGUAACACCUACUACAUCAUGAUUCUGGUGUGGGGCCUCUAUUUUCUGUUCCACUCCUUCACAAACCCGCUGCCCUGGGCCACCUGUGGUCAUCCCUGGAACACUCCCAACUGUACACUGGACUUCCGGCGCGCCUGCCACAACCGCAGCGCUGCCCAGGCCACUGCAGCCCCACCGUCCAACCUCCUCGCCUCCGCGUCCCCACUGAAUCUGACCUCAGCUCAGCUUUUCCUCAACGGCAACUGCUCGGAGUCCGAGGGCAUGCGCUCCCCAGUCAUCGAAUUCUGGGAGCGUAAAGUGCUCCGUCUGUCUGGUGGCCUGCACGAGCCCGGUGACAUCAGCUAUGAGAUGGUCUUAUGUCUCAUGGCCACUUGGGUCAUUGUUUACUUCUGCAUGUGGAAAGGCGUUAAAUCUACUGGCAAGGUUGUGUACUUCACGGCUCUCUUCCCAUACCUGGUUCUGGUCGUUCUUCUGGCCCACGGAGUCACUUUACCUGGAGCUAUAGAUGGUAUUGUUUACUACCUGAAACCAGACUGGUCCAAACUUGGUGAAGCCCAGGUGUGGAUUGAUGCAGGCACUCAGAUAUUCUUCUCCUACGCCAUCGGCCUGGGUGCUCUGACUGCACUGGGCAGCUACAACCGCUUCCAUAACAACUGUUACCAGGAUGCUUUCGUCCUGGCCCUCAUCAACAGUGGAACCAGCUUCUUCGCAGGCUUUGUGGUGUUCUCUGUGCUGGGCUUCAUGGCUGCAGAGCAAGGCGUGGACAUCAGUAAGGUCGCUGAGAGCGGUCCGGGCCUGGCCUUUAUAGCCUAUCCCAAGGCUGUAACUCUGAUGCCUCUGGCACCACUCUGGGCAGCACUUUUCUUCUUCAUGCUGCUCAUACUGGGCUUGGACAGCCAGUUUGUCGGGGUAGAGGGUUUGAUCACGGGAAUCAUGGACAUGCUCCCACCUAAAUCUGCUCUGGGCUCUCUGCGCCGUGAGGUGGUGGCAGCCAUCUGCUGCGUCAUCUGCUUCCUCAUCGACAUGUCUAUGGUCACAGAGGGAGGGAUGUAUGUCUUCCAGCUGUUUGACUACUACUCUGCCAGUGGCAUCACUUUGCUGUGGCAGGCCUUCUGGGAGUGCAUUGUGAUCGCAUGGGUUUAUGGUGCAGACCGUUUCUUGGAUGACGUGGCGCGUAUGAUCGGCUAUCAGCCCCUCCCCUACAUGAAGUGGUGCUGGGCCUACAUCACACCUAUUGUCUGCGUGGGAGUGUUCCUGUUCCACGUGGUGAACUACAAGCCCCUGACUUACAACACCGUGUAUACUUACCCUCUAUGGGGUGAGGUGCUUGGCUGGGCAUUAGCUCUGUCCUCCAUGCUCUGUAUUCCCGUCACUGUCCUCUACAAACUACUGCGCUGCAAAGGAUCUUUGCGAGAGCGAUGGCAGCACCUGACCACCCCAGUGUGGGGCAGACAUCACCUGGAGUACCUGGCCCCGGAGAGCGAGGCCAAACUGCUGCCGCCCGCCGAAACCAAGAGCACCCUUCUCUUUGAGAGCGUCAUCUGAAGAGCGGAGCAACCCCACCCCCAACCUGCCCCUGACAGAACACACACACACACACACACACACGUCCAAAGUCAUCCUCGACAUCUGCACUCUGACAUACCCAAACACACACAACCCACUCAAAAUGCAUGCACACCAACACCGGCCCAGUGAUAGCAAAGUGCAGAUCAGUUACGCACCUCACAGCAGUUUUAAAAGCUACAGCCCUGGACAAAUGGACCAAAGAUUAGAUGGGAGAAGAACUGAAACACACACCCACAUGUUAUACAGUCAUCGCCGGCUGAUGCUCCCUCUCCUCUGCUUUCUGACGCUACCUCGCCAACUCGCCCCUCUUUCCAGUCCCUGCCUUUGUGCCGUUGUGUCACGUCUUGUUCUGUAAGUGUGACGUGUCCAGUGUAGUUGCGAUAUCUUCCCUCUCUGCGCCUCUGUGUUAUAGUUCGGCAGCCUUUCGACAUGUCAUCGUGAGUGAACGGAGAAUCUGUAUUCUGGUCAAACUUAAAAAACAACAACCCUCAUAUCUGUUGCUUAUAUGCCAUGGUCUGAGUGUGUGUGUGUGUGUGUGUGUGUGUGUGCACGCAUGAGAGUGUACGUGUCUAAUAUGAAGAGAGAGAGUGUGUGUGUGUGUGUGUGUGUGGACUAUGGCAGCGGUGUCUCCAUUUACAUGUAGCUUUGUGUAUUCUCCUAAUUAAAAGUAAAAAAAAAAAAAUGAAAAUACAACUUCCAUUUGUACAAAAAGAAAAGAAAAAAAGAAAAAAGACUAACCCACCACUUAACUAACCAGUGUAUUGUAGGGUCUGUGCAUUAGUGUUAACAAUAUUUGGCGGGGAUGAUGAUCAAUAUUUACACCGAAAUUGAAGGAGAGAGAAUCUUUUUGCAAAGGCAGGAGACGGGGAUGUGCACGGGGGUGAAAGAGAAUUUGAUGCCAUGUAAGGAAAGAAGCAAUAAACGGCCAGAUAAAGAAGGA